CAACUUCCUUCAAUCAUCCAACCUUACUCCUAUAAAAGUCAUCCUUAAAAAUCCCAUUCAUCAUUAGAAUCAUUCGUAUCACAACUAGUAAACAAACAAGAUACUUGCGUAGCAACAAGUAAUACGAUGGCACCCCAACAGUCCAUCCGGGCUCUCCUCGCCUACGCGGGCAACAUCUUCUCCCAAGUCCCGCUCGGUGGAAUCGCGAACCCAUUCGACUCCGGCUCGGCCGUUGCCGGAAACACCGGCGUCCAGCAACAGCAAUGUCACUACUCGCCGCUCACCGGUGCACCAGUCUGCCCGAUCGACGGCCCCAUGUCGUGCCACAACAGCACGCCCGUCGCAGGCAAUUCGUGCUGCUUUGUGCACCCCGGCGGGCAGCUGAUGUUGACUCAGUUCUGGGAUCAGGACAUUCACGAAGGUGGUUCUGAUGAGGACUGGACGAUCCAUGGUCUAUGGCCAGAUCUGUGUAACGGCGGCUACGAGCAGUUCUGCAACAUCGCACCGCAGUACAGGAACAUCACGGAAAUCCUUCACGCGCACGGUCAGGCAGACCUCGUCUCCUUCAUGAACCGAUACUGGGUCGCGGACCGGGGUACCAACGACCACCUGUGGGAGCACGAGUGGAACAAGCACGGGACCUGCAUCAACACGCUUGCGCCGGCGUGCUACUCGACGCCAUCAUCCUCAUCCUCUUGCAGCAAGUCGGAGGAAGCAGCGGUAGCAAGCCCCGGCGAGAUGGCGGUGGUGGACUACUUUACUCGCGCGGUCGCGCUCUUCAAGACGCUUGACACGUACACGGCGCUCGAGCGCGCCGGCAUCGUGCCGCACGCACGCAAGCGCUACCCGCUCGUCGACGUGCAAAAGGCGCUGGCCGAGUACCUGGGCGGCGGCAAGGUCGCGCUGCGAUGCAGGGGAGGCAACAGGCACAGGAAGGGCGACGUGCUCAACGAGGCUUGGUUCGUCUACUACGUCAAGGGCAGCCUCCAGACGGGAGAGUUUGUCCCCGCGCCCCCGACCGGCAGAGACGCGACAAACUGUGCGCCGUGGAUUAAGUACCCGCCCAAGAGGAGACGUGGGGACCUGUGAUUGAGCUGAGGUACUGGCUGUACUGUAUGUGUUACGGCGGAGACGCUUGUGUUUUGGCUUUUGGGUUUGAGAGGGAUCUACAGUGUUCAUUGUAUCGUGUUGUGGAGGGUAGGAUCUUGGCAUGUUGGGAUGGCGUUCUUGUGUCCCAUAUUUCAUCAUUUGGAUCUCAUCAUUUAGGUUAGACACAGACUGUUACUGGAAACCCUAUCGUCUACUAACACUGUUGUCAUACGUCUUAACAAACUUUUUGGGAAGCAGAGUCCAGAUCCACCUGCUUUGUCCUUUGUUUUUUUUUUCUCUCUCUUGACAGCCGUUGCAAUCCGUCAAUCAAAUGUAGGGUCAAAAUUUAUGCAGUCAAG